AUGAGUGAAAAUGACGGGGAUCUUCAGCGAGACGGGCCGGAGGCAGCCAAGCCCUGCGGGGCCAUUUCGAACUUUUUCAUGAGGGAAGCUUCUCCUCCGGGCUGCGACCAGGAAUUGUCCCAUCCGAGGUCAGACCUUCUCUCCCCAGCGACGGGGCCAGGGAGAACUUCUCGCUGUGGCUUCCGGAAGCGUAAGGAGACUGUGGUGCACCAACGAGCAUUCAUGGGAGAGAAGCCCUACAUCUGCAUUGAGUGCGGGCAGAGCUUCAACCGCAGCUCCGACCUGAUCCGCCACCAGAGGAUCCACACUGGGGAGAAGCCGUACAUGUGUGCUGACUGCGGCAAGAGCUUCAGCCGCCGCUCGCACCUCAUCCAGCACCAGCGCGUCCACACAGGUGAGAGGCCAUACCAAUGCAAGGACUGCGGGAAGAGCUUCAGCCAGAGCACUCACCUGGUGCAGCACCAGCGUAACCACACUGGUGAGAGGCCUUAUGUCUGUGCCAAGUGUGGGAGGAACUUCUACCAGAACUCAGGCCUGCUCCGCCAUGCCAACUUUCACACGGGCGAGAAACCCUACAAGUGCCCCCAGUGUGGGAAGCGCUUCAGUGACAGCUCCAACCUCAUUGCCCACCAGCGGCUCCACACGGGUGAGAAGCCCUACAAGUGCGCUGACUGCAAUAAGUGCUUCAGUGAG